AUGGCACCCCCCAAAGACUCUGAAGCCAUCCUCAAACAGUUCCGUGAAGGACUGGUUCAACAAGAACUCAUCCACGACGGAGACUCUAUCGGCACCGACGAUGAAACCCUUCUCCGCUUUCUGCGCGCCCGGCAGUGGAACGUGAAGCAGGCCACGCUCAUGUGGAAGAACUGCCAACAUUGGCGCAGCACCGUCGAGGGCGUCGGGAUCGACGAGCUCUACCGCCAAAUUGACCCGUUCGACUACCCCGAGCGCGACCAUGUCUUCGACUGCUGGCCCCUCUAUUUUCACAAGAUCGACAAGAAAGGCCGUCCGCUGAACUUCCACCGCUUCGGCGGCAUCAACCUCACGAAGCUGCAGAAGAAGAUGACCCUCGAACGCUUCUGGCAGACCGUCAUUGUGAACUGCGAGGCGCUCACGCGCGAGGUGCUCCCCGCCUCGGCGGAAGCCGCGGGCAAGCCUAUUUCGGGCACCUUCGUCGUCGUCGAUCUCGCCGGGUUCGGCAUCAGCCAGUUCUGGCAGAUGAAGGACUUCGCGCGGAGUUCGUUCCAGGUGUCCCAGGACUACUUCCCUGAAACAAUGGCGCAGCUCGCAAUCGUCAAUGCGCCAAUGGGUUUCUCGACAAUCUGGAACGUCAUGAAGCCGUGGCUCGCGAAGGAGACCGCCGCGAAGAUCGCGAUCUACGGCUCCGACUACAAGAAGGCGCUGCUCGAGCUCAUCGACCCCGAGGCGCUGCCCACGAGCCUCGGCGGUACGUGCACAUGUGAGGGCGCAGGCGGGUGCAUGAAGAGCAACGCAGGCCCAUGGAUGCACGAGCGCGCACGCCGACGCGAGGCGUGGUUGAACGGCGAGCGCGAGACCAUGGCGCUCCUGCCGGGCGAGCUUACGGGUGAGCUCCGGAUAGGGAAGAAGGUCGAGGAGAAGGAGGCCACGCCGGAAGAACUCAGUCAACAAGAGGCACAAGCACCGGAGAGCGAGCAGCUUCCCGCGGACGCCACAGAGUCUUCGCUACCCUCGCUGCCAUCACAGGCGUCCGGCAGCACGUCGGAAGCAUCCUCCAUCGCCACCCCAUCGACGCAGAGUAGAGAAGCGUCGGUCGAGCGCAUGUACAAGGAACACCCCGAGACGCGCGACAUACAGACGGGAGACCUGCGCAGCGGUGCGACGGUGUUGACGGCAUGAUGAUCCAUAGAUGUUGUGUUUAUCCCGGUUGUAUAGGGGGAUUAUACGUGUAUCAGCACCCAAUGUUGUAGUCUAUGAUAUCUUAAUACUGUACAGUACGAUGAAGCC